AUGUGGAAGCAAAUAUUGACCCUGACGGCAGCGGCCGCCAUGUACCCCAUGUCAGUUCAAUCAACUUCACUAGCCAAAUUCGCCUUGGACAAAGUCCUCGACGAAGCAUCGCCCAUAUUUGGCAAAUAUAUCAAAAACACCAGUCGCACCGCUGAAUGGAUGAAGUACUACGCGGACGACACUCUGCUCGUACACAUGAACAUUCCGGGCACUCACGACAGCGCAACAUGGAACUAUACGCAAGCCACACAAAAUUUUCUGUUAGGCAUCACAGACUUAAACCAAGUCACUGUUCCUACGCCGCUUGCUUUCCGAUGCCAACAACUGUCGCUUAUCGACAUGCUGAACAUGGGUAUACGAGCAUUUGACAUGCGAUAUGCCUUUGAUCCUACAAACACCACACUCAUAUUCUACCAUUCACAGGCUCUACUAUCAGAGAAAGCCACAGUCAACGAUAUUCUUUUCGGAUUCUACAAAUGGCUCGACGAUCAUCCUUCCGAGACUUUGUUUCUGUCUUUCCAGUACGAAGGGUCUACUGCUCUACACGCCUCCAACAAUGCCGCGGUGCAAUUACAGCUCUACGAAGCCCUAACUAUGCCUGCUGCCAGGGCAUACUUCGUGCAAACCAAAGACGAGCUUGGAACCCUGGGACAGGCGCGAGACAAUCUACCGGGAUUACACUUCUCGCCUACUCUCUGGACAGAUAAUAGCCCUGAUAUUAGAUUAGUCUACAACACCGCAAAGAACCUAACCGCUUAUAUCGAGGAUUAUUACGAGCCCCAGACACCAUUCCGCUCAACCGCCGCAGAAAAUAUCCAAUGGAAGUACAACGCGACCAUUGCCAAUCUCCAAAGGGCGACCAGCAACGACUAUGCUGACAGUCUAUUCUGGACAUGGGCCUCGAGUGAAAACACGGAUAAUGUGCCUUAUAUAUGGCCCGUAAUCCAGGCUUUGGGUAAUGGGACAGAGUAUACGCCUAAAGGUGGAGUUAAUGAUUUGCUUGUGCCAUUUUUAAAGCAGCAGAAGGGUAAAAGAUUGGGGAUUGUUAUGUUUGACUUUUUUGAUCAGCCUGAUGAGUUGUUGGAAACGUUUUUGAGUUUGUAG